GUCACUUUUGUCGUCUUAGAGGCCGCGUCGGAGGCAGCAGCAUGGAACGACCGGCCGUCGACGACCUCACGGAGCUCAUGGAGCUCAACGAGGACACGAUCUUCGGCGCGCUCGAGGCCCGCUUCUACGCCCAGCGCAUCUACACCAACACGGGCCACAUCCUCCUCGCCGUGAACCCGUUCGAACGACUACCAGCGCUCUAUGGCUCGGAGCGCAUGGAGACGUACGCUGACUACUACGCGCCCGACGACGACCGCACCGACGAUGGACGAUUAGCGCCAGCACCGCACAUCUACCGCGUUGCCGCCACGGCGUACCAGGCCAUGAUGCGCGGCAAGCUCUCGGACGCGCCGAGCGACCAGUCCAUCCUGAUCAGCGGCGAGAGUGGGAGUGGCAAGACCGAGUCCACAAAGCUUCUCAUGGAGUACCUCGCACACGUCGGCGAUGUGCCAGCGCCCGUGCGCAUGUCGAUGCCCGUGAACACGUCGACGAUCAGCGACAAGGUCCUCGACGCUAACAUCGUGCUCGAGUCGUUUGGGAAUGCUCGCACGCUGCGCAACGACAACUCGAGUCGGUUCGGGAAGCUCAUUCAGAUGAACUUUGACCAAGGCCUCUUAACAAGCGCCUCGAUCCAGACGUACCUCUUGGAGAAAGUCCGUCUCGUGACGCAGUCCAAGGGCGAGCGCAACUACCAUAUAUUUUACGAGAUGCUCAUGGGCAGCUCCGAGGUGCAGCUUGCCUCCUGGCGCCUCAUUGCGUCGCCCGACAUGCGCCUCAGCGUCGACGCGCGGCGGCAGCUCAUGGCCAACUUUCGAUACCUCAACCAGAGCGACUGCUACGACCGGAAAGACCACGCGAACGACGCCCACAACUACAACCACAUGCUCCGCGCGCUUCAGAUGAUUGGCUUCUCGGCCCACGAGCAGUCGGGCAUGCAGGCCCUUCUCGCUGCGCUCUUGCAUCUCGGCAACCUCACAUUUCAAGUCGCACCCAAGGACCACUGCCACGUCGCGCCAUCGAGCCAGACAGCCCUCGCUGCAGCGGCCACAUUGCUCUCACUGCGUGACGCUGGCGCGUUGGAGAAGGCCCUUGUGACGCGAACGUUCCGCGUCGCGGCCGAGAUCAAAGUGCUUCGGCUCACGGUCGACGAGGCUAAAAACACCCGCGACGGGCUCACAAAAGCGCUGUACGGGCGGCUCUUUGAGUGGCUCGUCGGGCGCAUGAACGCCUUUCUGCGGCACGACGACUCGGACAAUGCGUCGUCGUUUGGGACGACCAAGAGUGACACGUCGAGCUGGAUCGGCAUUCUCGAUAUCUUUGGCUUUGAAGUCUUUCCCGUCAACUCGUUUGAACAGCUCUGCAUCAACUUUGCCAACGAAACGCUGCAGCAGCAGUUCAACUUGCACAACUUUGCGAACGAGCAAGUCGAGUACAAGAAGGAGGGGCUGGCGUGGGACUAUGUCGCGUUCACCGACAACAAGGAGUGCGUCGACCUCUUCUCGGCCAAGCCGUUUGGCCUCUUCUCGCUCAUGGACGAAGAGAGUAUGCUGGCCAAAGGCACGGACGCGUCGCUCGCGUCCAAGCUCUACGCGCGCUGCGGCAGCCAUGUUCGGUUCAGCGCCUCCCGCGUGCAGCAGGGCCGCGGACUCUUCUCGAUCGACCACUACGCCGGCCUUGUCGAGUACACUACGCUGCGCCAGGACAUCGUCGACCUCUUCCAGACAGCGACGGCCGAGUCGUCGUUUGCGCGCGUCUUGUGCGAAGCCGGCCUCACGCACCGCCGCAGCAGUCACGCAACCCUGCGUCGGCAAGAGUCCAAGCGUCUCAACACGGCGAGCGUCGGCGGCCAGUUCAAGACGCAGCUGCUGCAUUUGAUGGAGAUGCUCAAGCUAACUGCGCCGCACUACGUGCGGUGCAUCAAGCCCAACGACGAGGCGGCGGCUGGUGUCAUGACCAAGGACCGUGUCGCCGAGCAGCUGCGCUGCAAUGGUGUGCUCCAAGCCGUCCAAGUCGCGCGCGCCGGCUUUCCGAUCCGCAUGCUCCACAGCGAGUUCAUGGGGCGGUACACGGUGGUCGCCCGUGCACGUGCGCCUCGCCACGCAAGCCUCUCGUCGUUGUACGCGGUUGUCGACCACUGCCUCCCGCACCUCCCGCUGACGUCGUCGCCGACGGCACUCGACUUGACGGCGCUUUGCUACGCGCGCGGCCUCCAGAUCGGCGUCACCAAAGUCUUUUUGCGCGCUGUGAGCUUUGAGCGGCUCGAGCGCCUCCGCGUCAAGCACGUGGCCGCGCACCAGCUGUACAUUGCGCAGCGCCUCCUCGGGUACCUCCACCGGAGUCGGUAUCUUCGCUUCCGACACGCCGUGGUCGUGCUCCAGAACCAGUUUCGCUGCCGCCGCGCGCGCUACCGAUGGGCCACCGUCCUUCAAGCGUUUGGGCGCAUGGUCCUCGCCAAGACCCACUUUGACCGUGUAAAGCGGUCUGUUAUUUAUCUCCAGCGCCGCGUCCGCGCCAAGCAGCAGCAACAACAGCAAGAGCAGCAGCAACAAGAGCUAAACCGGCCCAUGCCUCUGCGACUCGAACUCGAAGGCAGCGACGACGACGACGACGACGAGGACGCGUGGUUGGCCAACGUGCCGCGCGAGUCGUACAGUGCGCUCUCGCCCAUCUCGUCCUCAGACGACGACGACGAAGACAUUGUGCGCAUGACGUAUGUGGCCGCCCCGUUGCACCAGACGACCGUACGGUCCUCGGGCAUCUACCGGUCGACGGUCAAGCAGCUGCAGCCGAUUCGGAAAGGCCCGACACCGAUCGCCGAGCUCUCGCCGCGCGCGCACCUGCCGCCGCAUCCCGUGUCGCCGCUUGACAGUCGCCACACCACCUCGUCGUCCGGCAGUCGCCGCACGACAAUGCGCCGCACGACGUUUGCUCUGCGGAAGCUCUCGGUCAUCGAGACGACCAAGUGGAAGCAGGACCAAGACAGCUUUGCGUGCUACCAAUGCAACAAGCGGUUCACGCUCUUCCGCCGGCGCCACCACUGCCGCGUCUGCGGCGAGGUCAUUUGCGACAACUGCUCGACGUUUGUCGGGCUCGAGAAGCAGCAGAACGUGCGUGUGUGCGUGCUCUGCAGUACGCUCACCGUCGAAGAGCGCGCGCCCACCAACAUCACCGUCAUGAGCGACGAUGUUUGGCCGCACGCGUGGCCCGAGCCGCCGUACCCGCACGACGAAGACGCGCGGCUCUCGGUCGUGCGGCAGCUCCCGCUGCAGACGAUGAUGGAGGCGCGCGAGUGGCUCGGGCUCUGCAACGCGGUCCAAGCCCACUUUCGCGCGUCCGUCGCGUACAUCUCGAUCGUGUGCGAAGAAGACCAGUGGGUCAUCUCGCGCGUCGGGUCGUUCCACACCAAGCUACCCCGCGAGAUGUCGUUUUGCUCGUACACGAUCUGCGGCGGGAGCCCGCUGGUCGUCAAGGAUGCGACGCUCGACGACCGCUUCAAGGAGAGCCCGCUCGUGCAAGGCGGGAAGGGCAAGUUCCGCUUCUACGCCGGCGCGCCCAUCGUCUGGACCGCCGAGACGCACAUUGUGUUUGGCACGAUCGCGGUCUUGGACACGAAACCCCGCAAGAUCGUGACGCCCGAAGACGUUGACUUUAUGGCCACCUUGUCGGCCGCCGUGAGCGCGCGCAUGUCCGAGUACGUCCCGCGCAGUGUAAAGUAGUAAGAAAGCCACCUCUUUGUAC